AAAUAACUUCCACAAAUCUAGGGGAUUUGGUGAACGAUUGGCACCUCAAACUAGAUAAGUGCGGUUGCAACACUGUCUCUUUCUCAUUUGUGCGUGCACGUUGACUAGAACUGGUCAAAAAUGUCGUCGAAGGUAUCUCGUGAUACUUUAUACGAGUGCGUGAAUGGCGUUUUGGAGCACUCCAAGCAGAAGAAGCGCAAUUUCCUCGAAACGGUGGAGCUUCAGAUCGGUCUGAAGAACUAUGACCCCCAAAAAGACAAGCGUUUCAGUGGCACCGUCAAAUUGAAGCACAUCCCGCGCCCCAAAAUGCAGGUGUGCAUGUUGGGCGACCAGCAGCAUUGUGACGAAGCUAAAGCUAACAAUGUUCCAUACAUGGAUGUUGAAGCUUUGAAGAAGCUCAACAAAAAUAAGAAACUCGUGAAAAAACUAGCUAAAAAAUACGAUGCAUUUUUGGCAUCUGAGGCCCUCAUCAAACAAAUCCCACGUUUGUUGGGUCCAGGUCUUAACAAGGCUGGUAAAUUCCCUGGAUUGUUGUCCCAUCAAGAAUCAAUGACCCAGAAGAUCGACGAGGUCAAAGCCACGAUCAAAUUCCAGAUGAAAAAGGUUUUGUGUUUGUCUGUUGCGGUUGGUCAUGUUGACAUGACGUCUGAUGAACUCGUCCAAAACGUUCAUCUCGCUAUCAAUUUCUUGGUGUCCUUGUUGAAGAAACAUUGGCAAAAUGUUAGGUCGCUACACGUCAAAUCAUCAAUGGGGCCACCACAAAGAUUGUAUUAAUUUUUGUAAUGACAUCGAUGAAAAAUAAAAAAACCUAACAAAAAAGUUGUUUUA